ACUUCCGCUCCAGGAAGGCGAGGUCGGAUCUGAGAUAGCUCCCAGGGAGGUUCCCUCCCCCAGAACUCUGCCUUUUCCCGGAAGGAAGAGGGGGAAAAUGACCAAGUUCCAGGAGGCAGUGACAUUCAAGGACGUGGCUGUGGCCUUCACUGAGGAGGAGCUGGGGCUGCUAGACUCUGCCCAGAGGAAGCUGUACCGAGAUGUGAUGCUGGAGAACUUUAGGAACCUGGUUUCAGUGGGACAUCAGUCCUUCAAACCGGAUAUGAUAUCCCAGUUGGAGAGAGAAGAAAAGCUUUGGAUGAAAGAGUUUCAGACCCAAAGAGGUAAGCAUUCAGGAGACAGGAAUCAAAACGAGAUGGCGACUCUUCACAAAGCAGGAUUAAGGUGCUUUUCACUGGGAGAGCUUUCAUGUUGGCAAAUCAAGAGACAUGUUGUGAGCAAAUUAGCCAGAAGUCAAGACUCCAUGAUAAAUAUUGAAGGAAAGAGCUCUCAGUUCCCCAAGCACCAUGAUUCCCCCUGUCAGGGGGGAGCAGGAGAAUCUAUUCAAGCUUCUGUGGAUGACAGCUGUCUAGUGAAUCACGUAGGGGAUCAUUCCAGGAUCAUUGAAAAUCAAGAAUUUCCAACUGGGAAAGUUCCGAAUUCUUGGAGUAAAAUAUAUCUGAAUGAGACACAGAAUUAUCAGAGAAGUUGUAAGCAGACUCAGAUGAAAAACCAAUUAUGUAUAUUCGCUCCAUAUGUUGACAUUUUCAGUUGCAUUUCACACCACCAUGAUGAUAAGAUACUGCACAAAAGAGAUAAAGCUCAUAGCAAUAGUGACUUUGGUAAAGAUACCCUAAAGGUAUCACCUCUUACCCAGUGUAGUGUUCACACAGGACAGAAAACCUACCAGGGUAAUGAAUGUGAAGAAGCCUUCGAUGAUAGCUCCAGUCUCGAAUUUCAUAAGCAGGUACACUUGAGAAAGAAGUCUCCAGCAUAUAGUACGCACGAGAAGGACACCAGUCAUAGCCCAGGUAUUCCUGUUCAACAAAGUGUUCGUACUGGAAAAAAACGCUACUGGUGUCAUGAAUGUGGUAAAGGUUUCAGUCAGAGCUCAAAUCUGCAAACUCAUCAGAGAGUCCACACAGGGGAGAAACCCUAUACAUGCCAUGAGUGUGGUAAGAGCUUUAAUCAGAGCUCACAUCUUUAUGCUCAUUUGCCUAUUCACACAGGAGAGAAGCCCUAUAGAUGUGACAGUUGUGGGAAGGGCUUCAGUCGUAGCACAGAUCUUAACAUUCAUUGCAGAGUUCACACUGGAGAGAAACCUUAUAAAUGUGAGGUGUGUGGGAAGGGCUUCACUCAGAGAUCACAUCUUCAGGCCCAUGAAAGAAUUCACACCGGAGAGAAACCCUAUAAAUGUGGGGAUUGUGGUAAACGCUUUAGUUGUAGCUCAAAUCUUCAUACCCAUCAGAGAGUCCACACUGAAGAGAAACCAUACAAAUGUGAUGAGUGUGGUAAGUGCUUUAGUUUGAGCUUUAAUCUUCAUAGUCAUCAACGAGUCCACACAGGAGAAAAACCAUAUAAAUGUGAAGAGUGUGGUAAGGGUUUUAGUUCAGCCUCAAGUUUCCAGAGCCAUCAGAGGGUCCAUACAGGAGAGAAACCAUUUCGAUGCAACGUGUGUGGUAAAGGUUUCAGUCAGAGUUCAUAUUUUCAAGCACAUCAGAGAGUCCACACUGGAGAAAAACCAUACAAAUGUGAAGUGUGUGGGAAGCGCUUCAAUUGGAGCUUGAAUCUUCACAAUCAUCAGAGAGUCCACACGGGAGAGAAACCCUACAAAUGUGAAGAGUGUGGUAAGGGUUUCAGUCAGGCCUCAAAUCUCCAAGCCCAUCAGAGCGUCCACACUGGGGAAAAACCAUUCAAGUGUGAUGCAUGUCAGAAGCGAUUCAGUCAGGCCUCACACCUUCAAGCCCAUCAGAGAGUCCACACCGGAGAGAAACCAUAUAAAUGUGACACUUGUGGUAAGGCCUUCAGCCAGAGGUCAAAUCUUCAAGUCCAUCAGAUAAUUCACACUGGAGAGAAACCAUUUAAAUGUGAGGAAUGUGGGAAAGAAUUCAGUUGGAGUGCUGGUCUCAGUGCUCAUCAGAGGGUCCACACGGGAGAGAAACCCUAUACGUGUCAGCAGUGUGGGAAGGGCUUCAGUCAGGCCUCACAUUUUCACACGCACCAGAGAGUCCACACUGGAGAGAGGCCUUACAUAUGUGAUGUCUGUUGUAAGGGCUUCAGUCAGAGGUCACAUCUCGUCUACCAUCAGAGAGUCCACACUGGAGGGAAUCUGUAGAAAUGAGAGAGCUGUGGUUCAGCCUUCAGUUAGAGCUCACAUCUUUGUCUCCGUUGGGAAGUCCAUGCUGAUGAUUGUGAAAAGUUCUUGUAAAAUUAGAAGCUUCAAAGAAUCUUGACGGCAAAGAAGUCUCUCAAAUGCUGUGUUUUAGACUUGGUCAGGACACGAAUUCUUUACAAACGUCAUAUUUCACAGAUGAGAGAAAACUUUGUUCUGUAAAUAUGAUCAGUGUUUAUAUCAGAGUUACCAAGUGUCCCAGUUCUCAAGAUGUAACACAGCAGAAAAGUCUUGUCAGAGUCUGCGCAGGAGGGAGGCCUUCCUUUAACAAAAGUAUGAUUGACAGAAAAAACUGAUGUCAACUAAAAUGUAACCUCUAUGUAAGGAGGUGUUUUUCACCACUGUAUCUCUACCAUGUAGAAUUGUGCUUAGCUCAUAAUAGGGCCCAGCAAUUACUGAAGAAAGUGAAGAAAAUACCUAUAAUUAGGACAAAUACUUGAAAAUUCUAGUCUGUUUUGUACCGUAAAUUUAUAUUAAUUUAUAUUCAAAAGGAAUCCUGCAAGUAGCCUUAAUAACGUUAGUUUCAGUACGUACUGAAAAGUGUAGAAUACGGCCAUCCAUACUAAUACAGAUUUGGAAAAAAGACAUGACUGGCUCCCAUCCUUCAGUCUUAGUUCUUUGUACAGUGUAUCAGUUGUGUACAGUAUGAUUUUUACCAUCAUUAGUUUAUAGACGGAACAAUACUGUUUUUAUCUAAUGUGACUCUGCAAUUUACAUGAUUAGAAUUUUUGGACACUAAGCUUUACUGUAACUCUGAAAGUGUUAAACGUAGUUACUGAUGACAAAAAGUUUCUUAGUAAACUUGAAUUGUUAAUAA